AUGGGUAGUAUAUAUUCAGUCUUCAUCACACGCUUGGUGAAAAGGCACACCCAGUUGAGUAAACAGCAAAUGGAGAAGUUUGCGUCCAAGUUGAUGACUACUUUGUUUGAGAAGUACAAGGGCCACUGGUACCCUGACAAUCCCUCAAGAGGGCAAGCCUUUAGGUGUAUAAGGAUAAACCAGUUCCAGGCAAGAGACCCUCUACUGGACCAGGCAUGUUUGGAGAGCAAUGUGGACUUUGACAGCCUUGGCUUACCAAAGGAGAUUACCAUUUGGGUCGAUCCAUUUGAAGUAAGCUGCAGAUAUGGUGAGAACAACCCCCCUUUCACAGUGGCUCACUUUGAAGGCAGCACAGAGCACCAUGACAUCCCUCAGCGCAUCAGGCAGGCUGUGGACAAGGCAGAGAUGCUGGAUUGCCCCUCCAGCACCUUCUCUGAUGAGGAGAGCUCUGCUGGAGAGCCCAAAAGCAUCCCCACCAUCAGCAACCCGAACAGUGUCUACCAGGGUAAGAACCAGAAGAAGUUCAUCAAACCUUUGUCUCUGAGCCGCUCAAGAUGGGAUGGGUAA